AUGCCAGGGCCCAAGUCACUUGCGGAGCUGUGCAUUGCAGUAUGCCAAAGACACGUCACCGAGCUCAGCAGUGUUGGAAACAGCGAUGCACUCCAGUACCAUCACGUCCGCGACAUCCUCCUCCGAGUCACCAAUCCCGCUCAGCUCCGCGAAAUCGAACUAAACUCCCCGCACAUCCAAGGAGAAACAUCCGAACUAUGGCAACGCUUCAUCAAAAGAGAGUUCCCGUCUGAGAGCCACGAAAAAAAUUACGCGCCUAAGAAUCCGACCAAGUGGUACAAGAUUUACGAACGAUAUGCCGAGGAACGUCGAGAGUCACAGCAACAGGCCGAGGCUGAAUUGCGCGCAAGAUUUCAAGGUCUCCAGCAAAAGAGAGACAACAAUACUAGCCGCAUUGUCGAUCAGAGAUACCUCCCGAAGCCUCCCAAGACCGGUCGCACCUUUGGGACCCGAGGACGAGGAGGCAAGGAGCUCCCAAGCUCCCUGAGUUUUGCCGCUGGCAGCCGAUUGAAGACCACGAACGGCGCCAGCGUCAUGAAGAAGGCCAGAAGAGAGGCAGCAGAGAUCGCCGGCAUAAGAAGCAGGCUUGCUGUUCCCACCGGCAUGAUCCGAGCACCUCGAGUCAAUAAAGCACCGGCGUCCAUGGCAAGCGAGCAUCGCAUCGCAUCGCAGCCCAUUUUCCGGCCUACAUCCACCAGUUCCCGACCGCCUAUGGCCUCAAAAACCACAUAUGUUUCCGACUCCUCGGAUGAAGACGACAAGGGUGACCUUUUUGGCGAUGAAGGAUCUGGCAGAAAACAGCGGAAGGCCACAUCAUCUGGCUCAGGGUCCCCGGCAAGCAACGGCCGCGACAGGGGAGCACUAUCUGCGCAGCCGGGCACGCCAUCGAAGGCAUCCUCAAGAGAUUACAGUGCACUCAGAUCCUCGUCAUCCGCCGUUAUGUCCCACACCGCAGGGCUGAAGCGCGGUGGCGGUAUCAUGGGAAAUGCACCUAAGCCGAACAGUAACAAUAUCAGGAUUGAGCGGCCGAAGCCAAAGCUGGAAACAGCCGGUCCUACAAUCAUGGAACCGCAUCGGGCGCACAAGACUGCGGCUCAGCACAGCGGGCCCCAGUCACCUCCACCCCUCCCGGUAUCCCUGGACGAGUUGCAACCGGUUCGGCCACUCAUCGGUAAUCAAGAGCUGCCGAAGAAGAGGAAGGCAGUUGACAUAUUCAUGCCCAAGAAGAAGACGAGACGCUAA